UUUCAGUGGCGGAUACCACUGCGAAGGUACGAUGCUCUGCUUGCAGCUCCUCGCCAGAGUCAGAGACAACCUCAGUCCAGCUUCGAUAAACAGCGGCAUGAUCCUCCCGGAAAACGAGGUCACGGAUCUAUUUCAGGACGGCAUUGCCAUCAUGCCUUCGAGUAGGCUAUGCUGUCCUUCCUGCACUCACCUUCUCCAGUACUUCUACUACCACCACCGCCGCCGUACCCAGCCCAUCUGGGGAAGCGAGACCCACAAAGAUUGGGUUCCUUGUUCACUGCCGCCGUGGAUUCCCAGGAAGGCGGGAGAAUGGAUGCUGGCUCAAGCUAGCAACGCCUUGAAGCAGCGACUGGAAGGUAUCAUUGACGCCAUGGAAGAGUCUAGGGCCGAUGAUGCCUUUCAGGCGUUGCUUCAGAGCUUGUGAAUUGCCCGCGAGUUCGAUCUGGAGUAGUCCAAGAUAACACCGGAAAUGAGUGUGAGCAGGUUUUAGGUAAUACUAAUAGUAGGUUGCAGUUCGGCGCCACCAUAUCUGUGAUAUCCACUGGGAUUUCCUUUCUUCGCCAAGCAAUGUAUAUCGCUUCAUCACUGGAUAUCUAGUCUUGAGCGUGUCAGUCAUACUUCAU